AUGGAGGCGCUGGCCCACGCCGGCACGCCAGGCCACAGGUGGCUAGCUUGUCGUUGGCCCCGCCGCCGCCACGACGACGACGACGACGACGACGACGGCGGCGGCCGCGGCGGUGUGCACACAAGGCCACCUGCCACGCCCCCACGGGCAGCCCAAGCCUCGCCCUGCCACCUCGGCCCGUCCGAGCCUUUUGGCCUGGCUGGCCCUCUGGAGGCCCUGGCAUCGCCUCUCCCCUUCGCCCCCCCGCGCACGCGCUCGCCUCCUCCUUCGCUUCCACAGCCCGAGACGCGAGUGGCCGGGGCGACCUCUGUCCCCCGCCGGGACCACCAGUGUGCGCAGAGGCCCCGGCCCCCCGAGUGUGCUCGGACCCCCACCGCCCCCGCGGCUUCCCUGCGCUACGCGGGGCGGGAGCGCCACGACCUGGCUGGCUGCGUCUCUCCCCGGCGCCGGAGAGCAGACCCCAUGGGCACGGUGGUCUUGGGCCCCGAUGGGAGCGCACAGUCCGACCGCCGGGCCCGGGAGGUGGAGGAGGGAAGAGGCAUCCGGGCCCGGCCCGGUCCCCCCCGGGCACUGGAGGCCGGCGCACCACCUGCUUGGACGCCACGCGCGCAGGUUCGCGGUCCCGGCGGUGCUGGCGGACCCAAAGCACUGACCCUUGCAGGGGGCCGAGGGAGGGCGGCAAGGCCUGGGUGCGCGUGUCCCCCCCGGGGGCAGGAGACGUCCUCCUACCCCCAGGAGGUCUCUUCCAUGGUGCUGGGCCAGGUGCAGGAGAUGGUCACGGUGCCCGCCUACCUCAACGACCCGCAGCGCCAGGCCACCAAGGACACCGGUGCCAUCGUGGGGCGCCACGGGCUGCGGAUCAUCAACAAGGCCACCGCGGCCACCAUCGCCGACGCUGAUCAGCGCGGCGCGGGGGAGCAAAAUGCGCUCAUUUUCGACCUGGGCGGGAGCACCUUCGACGUAUGCAUUCUCGCUGUCGACGCGGGUGUCUUCGAGGCUCCUGAGGCUGGGUGGGGAGGGCUCGACGACAGGUUGGUGAGCCGCCUCGGGAAGGAGUUCCGACGGAAGCAAGGGAAGAUUUCCCAAGAGGACAGGCACAGAGUACAAGUGUCGGGAAGUCCUUGCCUGGCCGGAGCACAACCAGCUGGCAGAGAAGGAGGACUAUGAGAAUCAGAAGAGGGAGCUGGAGGAAAGUCUGUCACCCCACCUUCCCCAGGCCCUACGUGUCCCUGGGGGUAGCCGCUGUGGAACUGACACUGGCCAGGGAGCCCCCCACCCCUCCCCGGUAGAGGCCUCCUCACUGAGCAGGUUGAUUGAAUGGUCCCUUCUGGCAGGUCAUCUGUGAUGGUAAGGCCUGGGCUUGUGGGCCCUCUGUCUUCUGUGAUCCUGCCCUGAACUUGAAGAACGGGAGUGCAGAGGAAUCUUCCAAUCAGGGAGCUUUCUUCUCGCCGUGGUGUACCACUGAGGCCUGUGCCCGCGUCGCUUGUUAAAAUCCUUUUCUCUCCCAUUUCAGACCGGCAGAAGUCAUCAUUAUUAACAUUUGUGCAGCACUUCAACAUCGCUUUUGCCUACUUUCGUGCUGUUGUUACCUGCAUGCAUGGAUUUUGUUAAUAUAUGGGUUUUGUGAAACAUACAUGGAAAUAAACAUUUAAAACUCCUC